AUGGCCCAAGCAGAUCACAAUGCCAACAGGGACAGUAGAUGGCUACUCCACGGAACGACAGCUCUUGUCACCGGUGGAAGUAAAGGACUCGGGCAUGCUAUUGUGGAGGAAUUGGCAGCGCUAGGUGCCACCGUGCAUACAUGUGCGAGGACUGAAUCUGUGCUCAACGAAUGCUUACAGCAAUGGCAGGUGAAGGGUUUCAAAGUCACAGGUUCAGUGUGCGAUGUAACCUCUAAAUCUGAACGAGAGAAGCUAAUGAGCGAAGUCUCCUCUUUGUUCGAUGGGAAACUUAAUAUCCUUGUCAACAAUGUUGGGAUACUGUAUUUUAAGAAGACAACAGAUUUCACUUCUGAAGAUAUCUCACUUUACUUGAGUACCAACUUCGAAUCCGCCUACCAUUUGUGCCAACUUGCACAUCCUCUUUUGAAAAAUUCAGGAGCAGGAAACAUCGUUUUUAUGUCUUCUGUUUCUGGUGUGAUAUCAGUGAGUGUUAGUCUAUAUGGAGCAACUAAAGGAGCAAUAAACCAACUUACAAAGAAUCUGGCUUGCGAGUGGGCGAAAGACAAUAUAAGGGCUAACUCUGUUGCGCCAUGGUUAAUCAAAACUCCACUUGUUGAGCGUGAUCUUGAGAAUGAAUUGUUUUUGAGGGCCGUCGAGGCUCGCACUCCAAUGGGACGACUUGGAGAGCCAAAGGAAGUGUCUUCUUUGGUAGCAUUUCUCUGCAUGCCUGCAGCCUCUUAUAUAACAGGACAAGUCAUUUGCGUUGAUGGAGGAUUUACCGUGAAUGGUCUCACUGUGUAA